AUGGGUAUUAGCAGAGAUAGCCGUCACAAGCAUCGUGCCACAGGUGGCCGUAUGCCAAUAGUUGUUAAGAAGAGAAAGUAUGAGAUGGGUCGUCCAGCUUCUAAUACUAAGCUCGGAGCAUCUCCGAGAAUUAGAGUUGUUCGUUGCAGAGGUGGUAACAAGAAGUUUAGAGCUCUUAGACUUGAUAGUGGAAACUAUUCAUGGGGAUCACAGGGUAUUUCUAGAAAGGCACGUAUUAUGGAAGUCGUAUACAAUGCAUCUAACAACGAGUUAGUUCGUACAAAGACUUUAGUUAAGAAUGCAAUUGUUGUGAUUGAUGCUACUCCAUUUAGACAAUUUUAUUUACAAAGAUAUGGUGUUGAAUUAGGUAGACGCAAGAAUGCUGAUGAAGCUACUAAUGAAAAGGACACUCAAAAAGCAAGUGGUCACUUGCUCGCAACUAGAAAGGCCAGAUUGAUGAACAAUGUUGUCGACCCAUUAGUUGAGGAGCAAUUCGGAAUUGGUCGUCUUCUUGCUUGCGUUUCUUCCCGUCCAGGUCAAUGUGGUAGAUGUGAUGGAUACAUCCUUGAAGGUAAAGAGUUGGAGUUCUACAAGAAGAAGCUUGAAAAGAAGAAGGCAGCUAAGUAA